AUGGGUGUGAACAGUUACAGUGAUGAGUACAGUUCCACAAUCCCUCCAGCCAGGCUCUUCAAAGCCUUGAUUCUUGACUCUCACAAUCUCAUCCCAAAACUCAUGCCAUUGGCUAUUCAAAGCAUUGAAAUUAGUGGUGAUGGAGGAGCUUGCACCAUCAGGCAGAUCAACUUUGCUGAAGGUAGCCAAGUUAAGUUCAUCAAGAACCGGGUGGAUGAGCUUGAUGAAAAGAAUUUUUGGUUCAAAUACAGUUUGAUUGAAGGUGAUGGAAUGAUGGACAAGCUUGAAAAGAUUACAUAUGAAGUUAAAUUUGAGAGCACUACAGAUGGUGGAAGCAUAAACAAGAUGACAAGCACUUAUUACACAAAGGGUGAUUUUGUGCUAACCGAAGAGGAAAUUAAGGCAGGCAAAGAGAAGGCCUUGGCUAUGUACAAAGUAGUGGAAGCCUGAAGCUUAUGCUUAAUUGAUGGACGGAGGUGAGAGU